AUGCCAGGCUUCCUGGGACCCGGUCCUCCGGUGAGGCUGUGUGUGGGCCUCACGUGCAUUCUGUCCCUUUGGAACACAGUGUCUGCUGUGAAAGGAGAAGCCAAGAAGGAAAAGGUGAUGACCCUCCUUCCUCCAACAGUGUCUGGCCUUGGAGGAGAAGAGAGGAAGGAAAAGGGGGUGGCUUUUCUCGACACCACAGAACUGCCCGCAAGGUCAGUCGAUCUGUCCGCGCUGAACCUGACAGAGCUGGUGAACGGGAUGCUGAGCAGAGCUUUAAAAGAUACGAAGAAGUUCUUCUCCCUGCUAAGCAUCACCUCCUACAGUUCCGUGGCCUUCCACAAGUUUUCCGUGGCCAUUUACAACAUUUCUAACCUGAAGGCUGUGGACCCGGCCAGGUUCCCCACCCGGUACUGUUACUGUCUGAACAACCGGACCAAUGACUUAUCAGAUUUCACGGCGCUGCUGGUGGAUGUCGUUGGAAAUUCUACCAGCUACCUCACAGAGAUUUUCAAGUCAACCUCAAUCCUCUCAGUGAGUCAGACAAAUGAAUCCGACUGCACCUUCAUCUGUAUGAUGACAGGAAAGUCAGGACGGAACCUUUCUGACUUCUGGGAGGUGGCAGAGAAAUCUCCUGUUAUCAACUACACAUUUACCAGCAGCAUGCCUGGUGGUCCAGGUGAGUCUACCAAGGGCUCGUCUGUGACUUCAAUGCCCACACCCACAAGCCAGCAAACACUACCAAGGACAAGCCCCCCGCACGGAGCCCAGAGCACCGGAGUGUCCUCUCUGAGAACUGUUCCCUGGACAGAGACAACUCCUCUUGCAAAGGGAGAGCAGACCCAGAACCCAGGAAGCCUUCCUGAGCUUCACUCCAGGACCGCGGCCACGCGGGGCAGCGCCUCCCCAACCCCAGCCUUGGCUACCAGGAGGGUGGCCCGGACUCCAUGGGUGACAACCAGCAGUCAGGCGUGGACUUCCAACCUACCAGUGCCCUGGGCUCAGACCAUGGGUGAGAAAGCACCCGGAGGGCCUCCCUGGGAAACAUCGUCCUCCACACCCACAUCUCCUGCAGAGGCCAUGACCACGUGGAGCCUUUCUGGGCCACCUGCUGGGGCAGCAUCCACACAGGGCAGCUCAUCCCAGGCCAGCCCAGCCUCAGGAACCUUCACCCUUGGCACACAGACCCCGAAUCCAACCAAGGCACCAGCCCCUAGAUACCCACAAACAGGUGACGCCCCGUUGGCCUGGCCAUUUGCCCCUGGAGAGGAACCAGCCCUGGCCCCGGGACCCCACCAGGUUUCUAGGUGUCCUCAGCUGCUGGUCGAAGAGGGGGCCGUCACAGCCUCUCCCCUCCCCCUGGCCAUCCGGAAGCUCAACCCUUGCCUGAUGGAGCUGUGCCGCUUUUUCCAGCAAUGCCUCUGCAUGAGCCAGAAGAGAGACCCCAGGAUGGAGGCCAUGAGGUACUGUCUUGAAUACUAUUCCUGGUUUCUGAAGAAUGCAACAUACAUCUGUCAGAGGGUGAAAAGGGUGCCGCACUCACACACCUUAAAACAAAAAUGCCUCCAGAAUAUCUGCCGGUCCGUGUGA